CACAGGCCCCAUGUGAGCGGAUUGCAACACAUGCAGCUGCCUGGAAAGAGGGAGCCGGUGUCCUACGUCAGAGCCGCCGCCGCGGAGCCGCCGCCGGGGAGGAGCAGCCGCUGCCGCCCAGGACUGGGCCCUUAGGGAGGAGGAGGCGAGAAGAUGGCGGACGACCCCAGUGCUGCCGACAGGAACGUGGAGAUAUGGAAGAUCAAAAAGCUCAUUAAGAGCUUGGAGGCGGCCCGCGGCAAUGGCACAAGCAUGAUAUCAUUGAUCAUUCCUCCCAAAGACCAGAUUUCACGAGUGGCAAAAAUGUUAGCAGAUGAGUUUGGAACUGCAUCUAACAUUAAGUCACGAGUAAACCGCCUUUCAGUCCUGGGAGCCAUUACAUCUGUACAACAAAGACUCAAACUUUAUAACAAAGUACCUCCAAAUGGCCUGGUUGUUUACUGUGGUACAAUUGUAACAGAAGAAGGAAAAGAAAAGAAAGUCAACAUUGACUUUGAACCUUUCAAACCAAUUAAUACUUCAUUGUAUUUGUGUGACAACAAAUUCCAUACAGAGGCUCUUACAGCACUACUUUCAGAUGAUAGCAAGUUUGGCUUCAUUGUAAUAGAUGGUAGUGGUGCACUUUUUGGCACACUCCAAGGAAAUACAAGAGAAGUUCUACACAAAUUCACCGUGGAUCUCCCAAAGAAACAUGGUAGAGGAGGUCAGUCAGCCUUGCGUUUUGCCCGUUUAAGAAUGGAAAAGCGACAUAACUAUGUUCGGAAAGUAGCUGAGACUGCUGUGCAGCUGUUUAUUUCUGGGGACAAAGUGAAUGUGGCUGGUCUUGUUUUAGCUGGAUCAGCUGACUUUAAAACUGAACUAAGUCAAUCUGAUAUGUUUGAUCAGAGGUUGCAAUCAAAAGUUUUAAAAUUAGUUGAUAUAUCUUAUGGUGGUGAAAAUGGAUUCAACCAAGCUAUUGAGUUAUCUACUGAAGUCCUCUCCAACGUGAAGUUCAUUCAAGAGAAGAAGUUAAUAGGGCGAUACUUUGAUGAAAUCAGCCAGGACACGGGCAAGUACUGUUUUGGAGUUGAAGAUACACUAAAGGCUUUAGAAAUGGGAGCUGUAGAGAUUCUAAUAGUCUAUGAAAAUCUGGAUAUAAUGAGAUAUGUACUUCAUUGCCAAGGCACAGAAGAGGAGAAAAUUCUCUAUCUAACUCCAGAACAAGAGAAGGAUAAAUCUCAUUUUACAGACAAAGAGACAGGACAAGAACACGAGCUGAUUGAGAGCAUGCCCCUGCUGGAGUGGUUUGCUAACAACUAUAAAAAAUUUGGAGCUACUUUGGAAAUUGUCACAGAUAAGUCACAAGAAGGAUCCCAGUUUGUGAAAGGAUUUGGUGGAAUUGGAGGUAUCUUGCGGUACCGAGUAGAUUUCCAGGGAAUGGAAUACCAAGGAGGAGAUGAUGAAUUCUUUGACCUUGAUGACUACUAGGUAGUCGACAUGGGUCCGGCAAAACGUGCCUCACCCUCCAGCAUCCAACCCAAGGAGCAUACCCGUGGUGGAAUCCAAACAGAUCCCUGCCUUACAAUUGGAACAUUUCCAGAACUUAGUCCAUAAGCAUUGGAUAUUGAAAAGAAAACCGAAACAAAAACCAGACCCAACCCUACACUUUGGUUUGUCAUGGUGUCAGCGCAGCAGCCUACAACUAAGUUCCUAAAUGCCACUUUGGACUAAUUUAAAAAAGAAUCCCAGUUUUUACUUUUACUUGAUGGUGAAAUUGGUUGCUCUUGUAUUUUAUGGAAAAAAAAUGAUUUUUUUAACCUUCAUACAUAGAAGCAAAAUACUUUAACUGCUGUAAACCUUCAAAAGUUAAUAGAAAUGAGAUCAUACUGGUUUAUUUUGAUUGGAGAAAAAUUAAAUUGCUGCAUUUCGCAGUGACCCAUUUACAUGGCAUUCUCAGCUUAGACUGCAUAAGAAGAAAUAUAUGUGGUGAAAUGUUGGAACCAUUUCUCUCUUGGUCUCUGUUUAACGUUGAAAGGGUGAGCUAAUAGGAGGCAGUUUCAACUUCACUCCCUCACACUACCCCUCCCCUCCAGACUGUCAGUUUCAAGGAUGCAGAUUGCACUGCAAAGAUAAACUGACACAUGAAGCAUUUGGGCCAGUGCUCUGUUUCCUUCCAUCUGUUUUGUAGGUGCAUUUGUGCCCAGGGUUUGGGAGCCCUUAGCAUCAAUUGCUUUGACAAGGGUUUGCAUAAUCUUGCAUACUAGAAACCAGUUUGGGAUGGAUAUGAUGGGGCUUCUGUGCUAUUGCUGGGAUUGGGAGAAAUAAAACAUGCAAUUUAAGUGGAA